AUGGAUUCGAAAACUGUGGAAGCUUCAUUUCCUUCAAACAUUGAGCGCAGCGUCGCCUCCGCGCUUCUCAGUCUCUCUUCCUGUCCUUCCGUGGGAAUGAGCUGCGGCGACGGAGACAGUCCGGAGAGCCUCGAGAGCACGGCGAUUUCUGCUCUCAGAAUCGGCGGAUCGCCGGCAGAAGCGAGUGCGGAUGAUGAGUCGUCGAGCGCUCAGAUGGCGGCGGCGUUUGUGUCCAGAUCGCAUGAUCUGAAGCUCAAGAUAGUGCAGAAGAAACGCUCAAGAAGUAUCUACAUCUCCAAUGGCAAGAAACUGAAAACCAGCAGCAAGCCAAUAGCAACUCCUGCUCCUUCUGCGUCAUCCGAGACUUUCUCUGAGAUAACAACUGAGGUUUCAUCUUGCUUUUCUAGCAACUCCAGGCAGAGUCUUACUAGUAAAACUAGUGCUGUUGCUAAGGAGAGGGAGCCAUUUAUGCCCGAUCACAUGGGCCACAAAGCUGCAGCCAUUAUGAGGUUUCUUGCUGAUGGAAGUGCUUCUGAAGUGAUGAUUCGUCAGUUGCUCGGAGACAGCCCAUCCACAAGCAAAGCCUUGCGAAUGUUGCUGAAGUUGAAAGCAGUGAAGAGAUUUGGAGCAGGAGGCCGCUCUGAUCCUUAUAUUUACAUGAUUGCCUAGUUAGUUACAGAAAUGGAUCGAGUUAGCUGCCCAGUCAAUAAAAUAAAAAUCAAUUUGACAAUUUAUAAAUUCCACCAAGUAAUUUGUCCAAUAUUUUAGGUAUAUUUGUUUAUAUUAAAACUGUAGUAGUAUAUCUUUACUUGUAAUUUGUGAUUGAGAUUUCGUUACACGAACCUGAAUAGCAGGAAUUUUGUGCAUCGCCCAAUUCUUGUCAACGGUGCCAAUUUUGCUUUAAUGUUUUUAUGGAUUA